AUGGUAUCCUUUGUAAACAGGAUCGAGAGUCCUGCCUGUGAGCUGAAAGUUGGAGCACUGGGCCGUAAGCACUGGAUCCAGAUUGAUGGAUACCGUAAAAAUGGAAUUCAGCUUAUGUGUGAAUCUAAUGGGUGGUUCCCACAGCCACAGAUAUCAUGGACUGGUGGGAAUGGCCAGAACCUAACGGCACAGUCUGAAAUAAACUACCGACGUGACUCGAAUGGCCUUGUCAAUGUCCAGAGCAGUGUAGCUGUAACAAAAGAUGCAACAAACAGCUUCAAGUGUCUCAUACAGAACAAGCUGUUGAAAGAAGAACAAGAAGCAGCAAUCCAGAUAGCAGGUCGGUUCAUGAUAAAAUAAAAUUUUAUUUUCAAAAUAAACACUCUGUUCACAAACUCCAU